GCCAAGCUUUGAAGGACCACCUCGGACCACGCUCAACGCGUCGGCGGGAACCACGCUGGUUUUACGAUGCGACGCCGAGGGCGACCCGCCCCCUGUGAUAACCUGGUGGAAGGACGGCAAGCGGGUGUCGACGGCCGAGCCCACUCCGGGAACGUCGCAGUCCCAGCUGACCGUCAAUGCGACCGCCGCGAGCGCAUCGUACGUGUGCCGGGCGAGCAACGUCGUUGGGGAGAACCGCACCGAAGUGAGCGACGCCAGGGAGUUCGUCGUACAGGUCGAAGGAUUCCAGCCAGCGUCGACCAGCACUGAGGCGACCGCGGAACCGAGCAGCGAUUCCUCGGCCAUGGUUCAGGCCGAGCAGUCGCGGCCGGACGACGACGCCCCUUCGUCGACGGGUUCGGCGUCGGAGGACGUGCCGCGAGGCUUCUGCUCGCCCUACACGGGCUCCGCCUGCCGGCGCUUCCUGGGCACCGGCCUGGUCUACUACAACAUCAGCCAGGACGCGUCGCCCGUGGUGCUCAACGAGCAGCUGACGCAGCAGCUGUGGGACGAGCUCAUCUCGUCCCUGCUCGAGCCCUGCCGCUCGGCGGCCGAGGUGAUGAUCUGCCACUACGCCUUCCCGCAGUGCGAGUGGCGCGCCCGCCUCGCCAUCGCCAAGCCUCUCUGCCGGGAAGACUGCGUCGCCGUGCGCGAGCUAUUCUGCUACAACGAGUGGGCCAUGAUAGAGGACAACAAGCAGCGGGGCAUAUUCUUCAAGUCCCGCGGCCACUUUCGAUUGCCCGACUGCGACUUGCUUCCGAGUUACAAGGACAACGGCCAGUGCUCACAUGCCCAUCUUACGGACUUCAAGGAAGACGAGGUCACUGUGAACUGCAUCAAAGGCCGUGGUCGCUUCUACCAAGGAAAUGUCAAUGUGACCAAAUCUGGAAUUCCGUGUCAGCGAUGGGAUGUACAGGAACCCCAUCAUCACAACAGACCUCCGAUGGUGUUUCCCGAAGUGCUCAACUCUGAUAACUAUUGCCGGAAUGCUGGUGGUGAAGAACCCAUGCCCUGGUGCUAUACGACGGACCCCAGGAAACGAUGGGAACACUGUUCUAUACCACAGUGUGAGAACACAACCCUGGGUGACGUGUCGGGCCGCGACAUACUGGACCUGUUUGAGCCGCCCGGGGAGCCGUCGUUUGCACCGGCCCUGGUUCUACUCGUGUCCGCCGUGAGCCUCGCGGCGCUGGUGCUGCUGCUGUCGCUGGCGCUGGGCUGCCGCCGCCUCAGGCGCUACGGCGGGGGCCGCUCCCGCGGCGGCGGUUACAACGCCACGCCGACGGCCGACGUGGAGAUCGACCUGGACAAGCUGCCCUCGAAUGCCUCCUACCACCACACCGCUGCCAGGCUCCACCCGCGAUUGGAGAAGCUCGAGUACCCGCGAAACGACAUCAUCUACCUGAGAGACAUUGGGCAGGGGGCUUUCGGACGGGUCUUCCAGGCCAAGGCCCCCGGCCUCAUCAAAGGGGAUGAGUUCACCACGGUGGCGGUCAAGAUGCUGAAGGAGGAAGCAUCAGAGGACCUCCAGAGCGACUUUGAGCGCGAGGCCUGUCUCAUGGCGGAGUUCGACCAUCCCAACAUUGUCAAGCUGCUGGGUGUCUGUGCCGUGGGGAGCCCCAUGUGCCUGCUCUUCGAGUACAUGGGCAAGGGAGACUUGAAUGAGUACCUCAGGUCCUGCUCCCCUUCCAACUACAUCGUCCGCAACCCGUCUGGAGGCUGUGGCGACAUGUUCAGCGACGUCCGGCUCAGCCACUUGGAGCUCGUCUCGAUUGCGCGUCAGGUCGCGGCCGGCAUGGUCUACUUGUCCGAGCGAAAGUUUGUCCACCGGGACUUGGCCACACGAAACUGCCUGAUCAGCGACGACAUGGUCGUCAAGAUUGCCGACUUCGGUCUCUCGCAGAAGAUGUAUGCGGCUGACUACUACCGAGGAAGCGAGCACGAUGCCAUUCCGAUACGCUGGAUGCCUUUGGAGGCCAUCCUCUACAACAAGUUCACCGUCGAGUCGGACGUGUGGGCGUUUGGCGUCGUGCUCUGGGAGAUCUUCUCAUUCGCAUUGCAGCCCUACUAUGGCAUGACGCACGAAGAGGUGGUUGCAUUCGUCAAAGAAGGAAACUGCCUCGGAUGCCCGGAGGGAGCUCCGGCUCCAGCUUACGCGCUCAUGAGGGCCUGCUGGAGUCGCAAGCCAUCGGGCCGGCCAAGCUUCAAGACUAUUCACAGGGCACUUGGGACACUGCAUAACGAGCUAGUCAAGCACAGGGACAAAGAGAACAUGGUCCACGUAUGAGAACGGGGACCUUCAUGACUUCUACACAGUGCGACACCGAUGGCUUCAUAAGUCGCGUGCUUGACAAUGGGGGCCACUUUUUGGGUUUCUCAGAAGAACAGCCUUAUAGGGUCAGUUUCGAGAGCCAUGUUGGGUGAUUCAUCAACCGCAGCUUUUGGUGUGGUGUGGCUUACUGUUUGAAACUUUGUAAAGAUCAUUGAGUGUUGGUGUUAGCGAGGUGAAUUUGCUGGACUCUGAGCAUGAACAUUAGUAUCUUCUAUGUCACCUUUUGUUUUCGACCACUGCUUUUGAAUGUUCAGUUGUCGUUAUGGUUUUACAACUUUUGCAGUUGAAUCGCGUACCGUGCAUUUAGCACGGUUCGAAUUGUGGGUGUCCAAAUUAAUCUAAGAAAAUAUUUUAUUUGAUGGUGCCAAAAUUUAAUUCGUGAAACACCAGUGUGAGGCUUGGGAGGUCUUCAGGAACAGCAUUGCUGCUCUUUUGAUAUGUGGCACAGACAUAGGUUUUAUUCAUAGAGGUGUCUGACUCCUUCUACAAAUGUUCACAUGUGGACUGGUAUAUGUGGGCUGGUAUAUGUGCGCAUAUAUCUAAACACAAAAUGUCAUAUUUUGCGAAGGAGGAGAUUUGAAACAUGAAGCCACUCUACAGGUCAUGACACUACUUUUAAUCUUUCAAUUUAGUAUAAACAUUCAGGGCAUAAGUGAAAAGGUUAUUUUGUAACCUGCCACUUCUGAUAAUAUCUGUGGUUUGUUGAGGCAAUCUGAAGAGUAACGCCUAACGUAUCUUGUUAUUAAUUGUGUGUUACUAAAACAACAAUCAAUCAUGGCAAUUAAAUAGCUUAGGGUGCAAAUGAGAAUAAUGUGUGCUUUAAGAUUAGUUUAUGCCAAUGAGAAGCUUUUAAAUCUUUCAUCAGCCACAGUAGCACUUCAAAACACUUUGUGCUUUUGUGGUGAAACUAUUACGAGUUAUGUAUGCACAUUGUGUGAUCACAAGCUAUGAACUUGUUAGAUACAUGUGUGUUAGAUACAUGCACUUUAUUCACCUAAUCAAGGAAUUGGAAUUUCAUUUUGGCCCCAAGAAAGCUAUUCAAUCGUUUUCCCUACAUUGCAGAAGCUCGAAGGUGCCCUGCAACACUUUUUCAAGUAAUCGUCUAGUGGCUUCAUUAAAAGAGCUUAUCACCUUAUGAAUCUACUGCCGCAAAUUUUGUUAGAUGCCAUCAAGUAUGAGCGUAGUUACAGGGAUUCGCCACACGAUUUCAGUGCUUUCUCUCUUCUUAAGUACCAGCGAGUGCACAUCCCCCUCCCUGCCUAGCGCAGGGAGGGAACAUUAUCCGAAUUAUUUUUCCUUCAGUUAGCUGCCUGGGGAGGGGUAGGAGCAAUACACCAAAAUAGAACUCGUAUGUUUACUUUAAGCACAUCAUUACUGCAAGAAUUACCGUUAUUGGUCGAAAAAAAGAUGUUGCUGCAUUAAUAUUAUCAAAACAUUUCGUACUCAAUCGGCACGUAGCAGGGCUCAGAUUGCUCAAAGUCCUUUCUGUGUAGUUGGUAUCGCACUGAAUGCAGCAAUGCAACUGCAGUUUGACAUUAUUUUAAACAGCAGAGGACUUUUCACUCAAAACUAGCUUCUUUACUUAGAUGCAAUGUUCCAUGCUUUCAAAGCUACCGCUACAUCUACGAAGGCGCGCUCUGGUUCACGAUGGUGAGGAAUAUUUGUAAGGUUGAACACUAUAUUCAUCGGGUUUUAUCCAUUUGCUUGUACGAACAGGCCACUAACUACGAGCGCAUCUGAAUACAUUCCAACAGAUCAGUGCACAAUACUACAGGCAAACUACUCUGACAGAGCAGGGACCAAGUGCCUGAUCCCAUCUAUCAAUACGGAACUUUUGUCGUCCUGUGAAGAUUGUAAGGAGGGCUUCCGAGAUGGGGCUUUUUUACAUGAGCGACCAUUUCAACGUAGUUGAAACAUUGUGUUUCCUUACGUCGGAAAAUAAUUUACAUCUUCUUGGACGUCGUCACAAUGUUUUUUAAAUGUGAAGACAUCAUUUACGGUUGACGUGUUGUAUUAUUGUUUUUGUUAUUGCUUGGAAAAACUUUAUAUAUGCAUAUUUUACAUUUAUAUACUCGUUUGUUUCUUUUUUUACUCAUACCUUUUACUCAUGAGUUGUGUCUGUUUUUUUUUUACUUUCUUUUACUUCUAAACAAAAAUCGUGUGUAGUUAUGGCAGCCGGGUCACAUUGUAUCAUGUGAAUGGGAGGUGUCUAGAAAGCUUUCAAGAAUGGCAGGAGUCGUUGAGCUUUUCUCGUAUAGAGGCAACUACUGUGGACGAAGUCGUCGACCUACAAAAGCCUUGUGAAAUUACUAUUGCGGGAGCAUUUCGAAGAUUGUGUAAAUACUGUGUGCCAAGAUUUCUUGCGUGGAUUUGUGUGAAGUGCUUGUUACUAAGCUAUUCAUGAAAACGAGGUUUUCAACCUUCCAAUAUGUGGGAGGAAGUUUGAAAAAGACAAGCAUUACAUGAGCAAAAUACUGUUGACUGUGGUCCGCUUACAAUGACCUUUUGAAGGUUGAAUCUAGGAUACCUGACUGUUUCUAUGAAAUGCCAGAAAAUGUUCUGUGAGAUUUUAGUUCUCGCAUUGAAGUUCGGCGUGCGUUAUUACGCAUAAACAUUAUCAUGCAUUGUACAGACUCGGUAGGUCAAUACUCCAAGGUACCAUUUUUUUUUUUGUUUCUGCAGGGUGAACCACAUCUGCAAGCACUAUCUAUUUUCAAAUUUUGAAGUGCUGCUCAAUAUCUAUGCCCAAUAUAUCCUGUCCUAGUCAACUCGUGCUGCAAUGCUUAGGUACUCCUGGUGAAUCCUUGGCAUCUUAUAUGGCAUUAUGUUCAAUCAAAAUUGAAAACCUACCAAAAAAGUUCCUAAAGUCUGUCAUUCGUUCAUCUCAUUUUUUGCUCUUACUUGCAACUUAAGCACCAACAAAUAUUCUCCGGCACAAUGUCAACGUAACCCACAUUCUCUCACAUUUCACAGGGUUGAAGUUGUGAUUGACAAAGAAACCAAAAUAUUUUAUACACAGCCAACACUGAAAUUGCUUGACUGUGGCAUUGAGCGUAUGCAUCUAAAUAUUCUUAUCAAUUUUGAUGUUUUGAAAAAAAUCAAUGCUGGAGUUAACUGAACUAAAAGCUCAAUAUGUCCACCUUUUUGAUUUCAGCAUUUUUUGCUGCGAAGUUUGAGUUAUGUAGAUUGGGAACAGGAAGCUUUCGUGUGUUUAGGUUUAGUUACGGACAACUGGAAACAAAUCUCUCUGUUCUUCACUCUACUGGUGCGCAAUUUGUUUUCCGCGAAGGCUCACAGCGAUCACUUCAUUUUACAUAUUGUCUACACGUUUGCACUUGCUGUACCACGGCAAUAUUAAGGUCUGCUGAUCCCGUUAUGUACCGCCUACGCUGAACGCUGCUGGUUUACAUGUGUGUGCCGUGUUUGAGAGAGUGUGAGCUCUGCAGAUGCCGCACUGUUGUUGUGUAUACCAAAUCCUGCAUGGCGGGGGAGUACACAUAAAAAAAGCAACUUUUUCACAUUGCGUGUACGUACCGGAAAAGUCACAAGCACCGCUCGUGGCAGCAUACUGUUUCUUUUACCUUGUCACUUGCAUGUAUGUCUGGAUGUACAUUUCGGGAAGUGGGAACACGUUGUGGCAUUUGUACAUAAAAGCACCAUGGUACUUCUAACA